GGCGGCGCGUACAAAACACACGUAUUGAUGUAUAUACAUAUGUUUAAAGUUUUCUCCGCCGAUUUAAUUUAGCUUUUAUAUAGCAGAUGUUUUUGAAGUGAUUUGGCGGAGCAUUUAAAAACAUACACACAAAUACAUAUGUACAUUCAUAUGCAUAAUUAUUUUGAAAAAUAUGUCUGAGAACAUUAAAUUCGAAGUGACCAAUGAAAAAGCUCACAAAAUUCCAGUGAAAUCACAUAAUAAUGCAAAACACGAUGUCCGCUUUGAAAUAACUGACAAUUUAAAACACGAUCGCGUUCGUUUCAAAAAUAACUCUCACGCAAUUGAAGUGCCAACACAUAAUUCACACAAAAUUGUGCCAAAAAAUACAGUAACAAAUUUAAAAGAAAAUCCCAAAAAUAUAUCAAAACUUUUAACAGUUAAUGACGCAAAAAACGAUUUUGUCAUACAAAUUAAAAAUGACACGAAGCAUAAACGAAGAAGUGAUUCAAAGCAUCCAUCCACACAUGCGACGCUUUCGAAAGCCGAAUCUAAAAGCUCUUUGAGGAGCGAUCAUAAAAUUUUAAUAAAGUCAGACUCAAAAUCAACAUUGCGUAGUGUCGAGUCAAAAAGUGAUUUGAAAUCACUCUCCGGCACAUUGCCUAGACGAGAAUCAAGCGACACUGUGAAAGGUAACAGUUUGAAUAGAACACUACAGAAAGUGGAUUCCAAAUCGACGCUUAAAAGUGAAACGAUCUCUACCACAGACGCCCCAAGUAGCAGCAGCACACAGACGAAAAGAAGUCUUGAAUCAAUGACUGAUGAGGAGAUAAUAGAGGAGAAUCUGAAGGAGUUACUCGAACACAAAAAUCACGAAGAACGUAAAGCAAAUGGAAGAGUGGUUGCGCUCGCUUUAGCAUUUCUGGUCAUAUUCAUUGCUCUCUAUAAUUUUUAUCUAAAACCAUGGUUGAGCGAUACACAAAAGGAUUUCCAUCUGACUGGAAUUUUGGGGCCGCUGCUAAUUAUGAUUGCUUAUGGUGGAUGGGUAGCAUUGCUGGCGAAGCGUGAUAAACAGCGUCAAGUGUUAUUUGAACAACAUUUGGAAGAAGUUAUGGAACGAAACAAAAUUGAGUUAGCGAAAAAGGCAAAAUUGCUAAAGAAGAAGAAGAAAAUGGAAGAAGAACAACGCAAAGCGAAUGAGAAAGUCGCAAAACAACAGCGGCUUGGCAGUCAUCGUCCCAGUUUUCGAGAGAAGCUGUUCGGUCCCCGGACGCCGGCGCUGCAGCCUUCAACUAAUUUUCUGACAAUUGCUGUCACUGCGGCGGCACCUUCGCAAAUUGUGGUGGAAUCAAAGAAGAAUCGAUUGGAACGUAUGGAUGCCUUAGUGCUACCUCAUCCGCCUGUGCGUACAGGUUCAGCGCCAUAGUUGGCAAACAGACGUGUUCACACACGAGAGAGUGCCAGUAUGCUCUGGCAGAAAGUCAGUGCAACUAUGAAAAAUGUUACCAAAAACAUUUAAAAUGGGCAUUUUAUAUAUUUGAAAUCUUACACAACAUUUCAA